GAAUAAGAAAACAAGUAUGGGUGAAGCAGACAAGCAAAGGGGUGAUAGAAGCAAAGUAUCCUGCCUCGUUUGAAUCCACGUCAACAUUCAUUACAAAAAUGGAGACUUUUUAUUUAACCAGUCUUAUUUUUCGUUAAAUCAAAACUUUAAUUGAUUAAACUUUAUUUUCAUGCAAACUGCCACAAGGAAUAUGCACAACAAUAUAUACAUACAGGAUAUAUACAUAGUUUUCUUACAUCACGCCCCACCAACUCCUAUUUUUGCCUUUCCUUUUUAUUACAUUCUUUGUUGUGUGAAUGAUUGGAAUCUGAAUCAAAGUGCAUAUUCCUUGAGUUGUAGGUGUCUUUUAUCUGUGGGUUUUUGAAGUGGAACAAUUCUUUGAAUUUUUGGAUGGGAGAUAGUCAGAGCCAGAGCUGCAGCAGCCGGCAAUCCGAGUGGUCACCGCUUCAAAGCCGAAAAAGGCGCCAGAAAAUUGAAGUCUUUCACGAAGUGUUGUGUAGGCUCAGAGAAUUGGAUAUCGAGGAGGCUGCUCAACCGGGUUUUGAAGAUGAACUGUGGGCUCAUUUUAACAUGUUUCCUCUUCGCUAUGCUUUGGAUGUCAAUACUGAACGGGCAGAGGAUGUCCUGGUGCACAAGAAAUUAUUGAACUUGGCGCGUGAUCCUCUCACACGGCCCGCUGUUGAUGUGCGCCUUGUGCAGGUUCGGCCCACCGCCGAUGGAAAUUCUGGCAAUACUGUCCAUUCAAGCUUCACCAAAGGAGGGAAUGCUCUCCUGUCAGAUAGCGUUCACCCUCCACCCGCUUUUGGCCCAUCAGCAAAUUUUGAACUUGCCUUCGAAGGAAAUGAAUCCAAUGCCCAAGAUGAGAAUAGCUCUGUGAGUAGGAAAUCAUACUUUUUGCGGCCAAUGCAUGAAAUAACAAUAUCAACAAAAGACAAAACCAAGCUGCUUAGUGGGUUAACAUGCCUUAUGUCUGAGAUUGGCUUGAACAUCCAAGAAGCUCAUGCUUUCUGUACAAUUGACGGGUAUUCACUUGAUGUCUUCGUUGUGGAUGGUUGGGAAAAGGGCAUUGAUUGUCUCAGAGCCACACUAGUGAAAGAAAUUCCAUACAUUGAGAAACAGUCGAUUAAACAAGAGCUAGUAUCUCCUGCUGCUGGGCUGGGGCAGAGUGGAUUUAAUAUACCAUCAUGCCAUGUGGAAAUUCCUAUUGAUGGGAAUGAUGUCUGGGAAAUUGAUGCCAAUUUGUUGGAGUUUGAAUACAAGAUUGCUUCAGGGUCAAAUGGAGACAUGUACAAAGGUUUGUUUCGUAGUCAAGAUGUGGCCAUCAAAAUUUUCAAGGCUGACUCCCUUAAUAAAGACAUGCAACGGGAGUUCUCCCAGGAAGUCUACAUAUUGAGGAAAGUUCGGCACAAAAAUGUGGUACAAUUUAUUGGUUCAUGUACGAGACCUCCACUCUUCUGCAUCGUUACUGAAUUUAUGUCGGGUGGAAGUGUGUAUGAUGCGCUGCAUAAACAAAACGGUGUUCUCAAUCUUCCAGCCACAUUGAAGGUUGCAAUUGAUGUCACUAGGGGGAUGAGCUAUUUGCAUCAAAAUAAUAUAAUUCACAGGGACCUCAAGGCUGCCAACCUUUUGAUGGAUGAAAACGAAGUGGUUAAGAUUGCUGAUUUUGGUGUUGCUCGAGUACUAGUUCAGUCGGGAGUUAUGACUGCAGAAACUGGAACUUAUCGCUGGAUGGCACCGGAGGUUAUUGAGCACAAGCCGUAUAAUCACAAAGCCGACGUGUUUAGCUUUGGGGUUAUGCUGUGGGAGCUUCUAACUGGAAAGGUUCCAUAUGCACAACUGACUCCUUUGCAGGCGGCUGUGGGUGUCGUCCAGAAGGGUCUAAGGCCAACAAUACCGGGGCACACUCAUCCGUUAGUGGUGGAAUUGCUCGAAAGGUGUUGGCAGCAAGAACCAUCUUUAAGGCCUGAAUUUUCCGAAAUCACUGAGAUCUUGCAAUGCAUAGGCAAAAAGGUCUUUGAAGAAGAGAGAGCUAACAAAAAGAGAAAUUUGGGAGAGCCAUGUCAGCCCAAAGAGGACUGGCCAAUAAAGAGGCAAGAAAACGAAAAUGCUGCAUGAUGUUUUUCUGUUCGUACAACUACAUCCAGUCGACUACUCUUGCUCGGACAAAAACACACGGUGGAGGGUAGAAGGGCCGGAUGGCGAACAACACUUGAGCUGAUUCAUCUAUCUUCAUCAUCACUACUGCAACCCUAACCCCGGAAAUGCGAACAAAGGUCCAAGCUAACAAUGACCAACCUUUGAGGUAAUUAAUCUAACAAAAGUAUGGUUCACAAAACUACAUCUUUAGGAGAGACAACUUGUAUAGUUUACGAAUGCUCGUUCAAGAACCACAGAUCGACGAUCCAUGCGUCUUUUUUUGAUAAAACGAUCAAAACGAUGUAGUUAUGACCAGCCCUAAUGCAUAAAUUGGAGGUAUGUUUAUAUAUGUGCAUGAAAUUGAUUUCA